UGCCGGCCCCUCCUUUCUCUCCCCACCCCCCUCCCGCAGAGGCCUCCCCCGGCAGCCUUCGCACACCCCCAGAGCCCAUCAGCCCCGGCAUGACAUCAGGAAACGGCAGUGCUGCCUCCUCCACCGUUCCCAGCGCCGUGCCCCAAAACGGGGAGAACAAGCUGCCCCCGCAAGCCAUCGUGAAGCCCCAGAUCCUGACCCACCUGAUCGAGGGGUUCGUCAUCCAGGAAGGGGCUGAACCGUUCCCGGUGGGCCGCUCCUCCCUGCUGGUGGGGAGCCUGAAGAAGAAGUAUGCGCAGGCAGUCCUGGCAGAGAAGCCUCCGCUGCAAGAGACCACCACCGACUCCGAGAUGGAAGACCCCUACCUUCAAGAAUCCAAAGACGAGGCGUCUCCCCCAAAACUGAAAUGCGAGCUUUGCGGCCGCCUCGACUUUGCGUACAAAUUCAAGCGUUCGAAGCGUUUCUGUUCCAUGGCGUGUGCGAAGAGGUAUAACGUGGGUUGCACCAAGCGAGUGGGACUCUUCCAUCCGGACCGCAGCAAGCUGCAGAAACCGAACCCGUCCGCGCACUGCAGACGCCGACCCUGCAAGGGGGCCCUUCCCCCGCUCACGAAAGAAAGCAAAAAAACGGCACCGGCCUCCUUGCCCCCCAGUUCUGCCCCCAUGGCGGUGCCCAGCUCUCUCCAGCUCAGCCACGGACAGGAGGACUCCAGCCGCUGCUCGGACAACUCCAGCUACGAGGAACCUCUUUCCCCCAUCUCGGCCAGCUCGUCCGCCUCCCGCCGGCGCCAGGGCGAGCGAGACAUGGAACUGCCGGAUGUCCACCUGCGGGAUCUGGUGGGCAUGGAGCGCCACUUCCUGCCGAGCGAGCCUACCAAGUGGAAUGUGGAGGACGUGUACGAAUUCAUCCACUCCCUGCCCGGCUGCCAAGAGAUCGCCGACGAGUUCCGUGCCCAGGAGAUCGAUGGCCAGGCGCUGCUGCUGCUGAAGGAAGACCACCUCAUGAGUGCCAUGAACAUCAAACUGGGGCCAGCCCUGAAGAUUUACGCCCGCAUCUGCAUGCUGAGGGACUCCUAGGAGCCAGGGCUGGUGCUGGGCCACGGUGGACGGACGAUGAGCGUGGGGGAGGGAGGGGAGGGCUCAGGUGGAUCAGGCCCUUGGGCCAGGACUCCCUCUUCUCCCCAGGUCACUUGAGCACAAAGAGCCCCCGCUGACGGAGGGGAAGGGGAGAAGAGGCAGACCCCCAUCUUGGUGGCCUGAUGCCCUGAGGGCAGGGCUGUGGGGCCGUGUACAUACGACGACGAUGAGGACGACGACGUAGUAGUCUGUAGCUCCCCCGCCUGCUCCUCCCCCUGCCCCAGGAGGGGAGGAAAGUGGUGCCCCUUGGACAGAGGAGAAGAGCCACCAGGCCCUCUUUGGCCCCCACCCCCCACCCCCAUUUUGCAUUGGACAAAGCCUCUCGGGAACCUCAAAGCCAAACAGGACCGUUGCCUUAAACUUUUGUGUAGCUAAGUGUGUGUGUGUGUGUGUGUGAUAUUGGUGCCACAUAGUGCACUUCCCCAUCUCUCUGGCCCCACCCAGCCCCCUGCAACU